CCGACAACCUGUAGCUGUAGCAGCACCAGGCAAAUAGCCAACGACAGGCAAAGCUUGCUUAGCUCAAGGCAUCAGGCCGUCCUAGGCUAGCCAGAGCCACACCAACGCCUAAACGCUCGCCAUGGCCUCCUCCUCCUUCUUCUUCUUCGACGCCGAGCCGGUCUACGACUACGAGCCUAGCCUGCUGCCCACGAUGGACGCCUGCGCGCUCUGCGCCAAGCCGCUGGGACGCGACUGCGACAUCUUCAUGUACAGAGGGGACACGCCCUUCUGCAGCGAGGAGUGCCGCGGCGAGCAGAUGCGGCUCGACGCCGUCCGCGCCAGGCAGGCCGCCAGGUCCGCCGGACGGAGGCAGCAGCAGCAGCAGUACUCCUCCAGAACGGAAUCCAGGCACCAGGAGACCAUGGAGGUAUCCGUGGCGACAUGAUGAACGGCCGGAGCCUGGUCCUGGUCCUCAAGACCACGAGAUGUCUACACGAGAUUUCUGCGCCUGAGGAAACGUCGAUGGAGCCGGCAGGACAUAUAGGACUUCGAUUUCUCCGUCACUGUUGUCCUGCCUGAGCACUGCGCCGAUGGCCCGAGGGCGAAGGGACCACAUCGCCUGGAGAAGAACUUUCAGUCACUGAAAUCUGCUUGCCUGUGGCUUUGGCUACUGUGAUGAAUCGCCCGCUAUGCACACGCACCCAUGGCCAUCUUGGACGCGCUAACCUUUGCUCGUACAGGGUGUGAAGAGUGUGAUUGUACACCGGUUUGUUCUUUGUAAAACCAGUGCAUCUGGGGAUUUUAUUUCCCGUCUGAGAUUUCAACACGACCUCGACUCUACCU